CUUCCCAAAAUGUGCUGUUUUCAGGCUCAUAUGGCCAUUAGAGGCUUGCUACCUUGGUGUUCUUUCUCUUGGGUUUAUUACAGGCAUGAUUGUUGAGAUGUGAAAAGAUCAUAAAAAGGAGACCGUUUUUGUCAUCUUGCUACCUUUGCCCAUUCUGCAGUCAAAGGAAAAGGCUGGCAUGGGUCUUUUUUUUUCAAACAAAUAUCUUGUAUUUAAAUAAUGUUUACUUUUAGUUAAGAUUACUUCUAAAAAAGAAUUCUUAAUUAUUUAGAAAAUAUUUAUUUAGAAAAAUAUUUUGAAUCAGUUGUGUUAAGUUUUAUUGUAUGGUUAGAAACCAUUUGAGUUACCAAAUGACUUUGAGCCAAACCAUUAUACUGGGGAACUCUCCACUGUGCUAUGCAUCUCUCAAUGGUUCAUGCAAAAAGUAUAUUUAUCCAAAAGAAGCUCAAACUGUACUUUAUCUUUUGCUUGCUACCAUAGCUUUUCUUACAUUUUUGGGGAACCUGCUGGUGAUCAUAACAGUUAUUCACUUCAAGCAGCUGCACACACCAACUAACUACCUCAUUCUCUCUCUGGCUGUAGCUGAUCUGCUUGUAGGAGGGGUGGUGAUGCCUCCCAGCAUGCUACGCUCUGUGGAGACUUGCUGGUAUUUGGGAAACAUAUUCUGUAAAAUACACAGCAGUCUUGAUGUCACAUUAUGCACCGCUUCGAUUCUAAAUCUGUGUAUAAUUUCUGUAGAUCGGUAUUAUGCUGUGUGUCACCCCCUUCUCUAUCACAGUAAAAUGACUCCUAAUGCCACUCUACUAAUGAUAUUUGUGUGCUGGACCAUUUCUGGUUUUGUGGGAUUUGGAAUGAUCUUUCUUGAGCUUGGUAUUUUGGGAGUUGAAGAUUUUUACUACAGUAAUGUUGCCUGUGAGGGCGGCUGUUUUCUGUUUCUAAGUAAAACAGCAAGUGCUGUAUUCACAAUGCUCUGCUUCUACAUUCCAGCUGUGGUCAUGAUCAGCUUAUAUCUGAAAAUAUUUCACAUUGCUAAAAGACAAGCUCGACUAAUACAAAAUGCUCAAAUCUUGUCUUCCCAUCGACAUACUUCAGUGGGUAGGACUGAGAUAAAAGCUACUAAAACUUUAGCCAUUGUUGUAGGUGUAUUUCUGUUGUUUUGGACACCUUAUUUUAUAUGUGCUUUAAUUGAUCCUAUUAUUGGACAUGUUGUUCCAUCAUUUUUGUUUGACUUUUUUGCUUGGGUUGGAUAUUCAAAUUCCACUUGUAAUCCCAUUGUUUAUGCAUUAUUUUACAUCUGGUUUAGAAAAUCAUUUAGAAUUAUUCUAUUAGGCAAAAUAUUCAAGCCUAAUUCAUCUAGAAUAAAGUUAUUUUGAUUAGAAGUUUAUUUCACAAUGCUAAAUGUCUUUAUGUGAUAUUUAAGUGCUGUGUUUUUUGUACAAAUAUCAUAAUACAGAACUGUCAGUGCUGCCCUCCAUUUGUUUACACUUUACUCUAACUUGUUUUAUGUUUUAAUGUUGAGAUAGAGAAAUAUAUUCAAUUAGACUCAUUUCAAUAAUUGU